CUCGUCGACCUACAUAUCAAAUGUAAAAAUGUCUGGGUCUGGAAGGGUUGGAACUUGUGAUGCAAACUCUGGAACACACAAAAAUUUGUGUUGCAUGAGCGCCAAAAGCUGUCCAUUUCUUGGCACGCAAGUAGGAAGUUUCUCAUGCGGGACAUGCUUCAUGAGGCGUGCUCAAAACCUGUGAUGCUUUUGCCUGCAUCAGACGCCAUUUGGGUGAUCCGAAAUAUGCAUGACAAAUCUCGCAAUCUUCCAGACCCAGACAUUUUUACAUUUGAUACUACACGACGCGAAACAAUUCGCCGGCCAAACAGGAGUCCGCCCGGGACCAGUUGGCGAGGCAGGAAGCCUUGGCGAAGGAAAAACAGAUCGAGGAGGACAAGGCUGUGAUGGUGCAAAUACUAGGCGUGCCAACGCUUUCUGGAGCGUAGGAUCUGAUUAGUUCUUCCACUUUCCGUAGAUUUCGACAGGAUCGCGCGUUUUAUGUGUGCGUGGUGGUUGAAAUAGUCCGUAGAUGUUGUGUACGAUCGUCGACGUUUCUGAAGAAAUAGUGCUCGCUACACAGGCACCCAGUCACCGUCUGUGCGGUGAAGGAAGGAUGAAGUCAGACUCGCACUGAU